UUAAGAGACAGCAAAGAAUAUUUAAUAAUUGAAAAGCAAAAGUUUAACCCUAACCCGAACGAAAUGCAAUGCUUUUGGGCAUUUGUUGUGUUUUCUUUAUGGUGUCUGCUGGGCCAGAGUAUGGCCCAGCAACAACCGCAGAAGGUGUCCAUAAUCGGCGAUUUAAGUCAUGUCUGUGACAAUCGUACGGAGGGCGAGUUGGUGGGUCAUCCCUUGGAUUGCAAUGCAUACUUUGUUUGCAAUCAGAUCCCAAAUGUGCUCUAUUGCAGUCAGGGUCUUUAUUUUGAUGCUAACCGCAGGGAAUGUGAUUUACCGGAGAAGGUCAACUGUGUGACACAGGGGGGGGACGACAACGAUUGGCCCCAGUACAAGCCGAGACCUGUGUUCAUGGCUGUCGAUGUGGUCAGUGGAAAACCCGUAGAUCCUCUUGACAAAUACGAUCCCUUGCAUAUUGAGUGCCGUCACUUUGGUGCAUACUUUUUACCCCAUCCUACAAAGUGUCAAGUGUAUUUCAUUUGUGCCUACGGACAUUUGCAUCGUCAUCAGUGUGGUCGCGGCACCUUUUGGAAUUAUAAGCAGGCCGAGUGUCAACUAAGUGGUGAUGCACUUUGUUAUAAUAAUGUUCUCCAGAACCAGUCUCAAUGGCAAGGUCAAGGGCAACAGGGACAACAGGCCCAAGAACAUUCUGAUGGCAGUCAACUAACCACUGUCUGUUAUAUUGUAAGCACCACCAGUUCCGUAUAUCCGAGUGAGAUAGAAACCACACCCACCGUGGAGGAGACUGGAGCUACAGUUUCCUCGACAGAUGCUGCUCUGCAAGGUCCCCCACGCACCGAAACUGGGAAAGCCCCUUUAACAUGCCCUUUGGAGCGUCAGAGCUACUUAUCGCAUCCCGAUGAUUGUGCCAAGUAUUACAUUUGCAUUGUCGGCAUGCCAGUGCUGACAUCUUGCCCAAAAGGACUCUAUUGGGAUCAAAAGUCAGGCUAUUGUGAUCUGGCUAAAAAUGUUAAGUGUUUUCAAAAUUGAUUGAUUAAACAAUGUCAUCAAUA